GUGGCUGUUUUUGCGGACGUUUUUGGGCAUCGAUUGCGCUUUGGCAGCCAUCGACUCGCGGUGGUGGGCACCACAUGCACUGUACGGCGGAGUGCCCACGAUGACGAAUAGCAUCGGCACGAUGAUCAAGACCUCGAGAUCGCCAGUAGCUGAGUAUAACACACUGAUCCCGCAGCGUGAGAUCAUUUCUUUCUACAAAUCAUACAAACAACACAUCUUCAUUUAUUGAGCACUAAUGCAUGAAUUUUGUGCAUGAAGGCUCUAGCAUUCAAGAAUCAAGCAGUUCCGCUGAGCAUGGGAUUUUUCUCGGGUAAGAACUCCAAUAACUCAGCUGUCGCCCGCCUCAACGGACACGGAUUAAGUGUCAUCGAAGAGAAGCAAGAAACCAACCUCAAGCCAAGAACCAGCAACUCCAAGAUGAGGCCCGCCAGUCGCAGUGCAAGUCGGUCUCGCCCUCCAGGUAACACUGGUUUGAAUUCCAAUGGAAUCAGCUUUAACAAUGAUUCGUCAGAUGACGGCAUUGACGCCCGCCGAGACACGCAAGUGAAGGUUGUCUCUAUCAACAAUGGAUCCGGUAAUGGCCGGGCAACGUCGUCAUCUGACGAGUCUGCCAACUCUGGCUGGUCCAACAAGGGAGGCAGCAGUUCAGAGAGUGAAUACAGCACCACCAGUACCGGCUCUUCCGCAAGGAACGAGACCAAGGGCAGUGGUAUCAGCAUGAGCAACAACAAUUCUACCGCGAGCAGCAACAACAACAAUAACAAUAACUCCUCCUCCUCAAUGGGCAUGAACUCGGCGAAUACCUCCUCGAACAACAACUCGUCGUCGAACAAUUCAUCGUCGAACAACAACUCAUCGUCCUUGGGAUCGUCAAACAAUUCGUCUUCCUAUGGGUCGAACAAUACUCAGUCGACAAGCACAGGGUCGUCCUCGAUUGGAAGCAGCAACACCUCUUCCACCGGGAACUCCAACAACAGCUCUUCUUUUGGCUCAUCCAACAACAACAACAACUCGUCGAGCAACAACUCCACCAACAACUCCUCGCCUGGAAGCUCGAGCAACAACAACACUUCGUCUUACGGCAGCUCGGACAACACAUCCUCGAACAGCAGUAACAAUAACAACAACUCGAGCUACACAUCGACCUCAAGCGGCUCGAACAGCAAUAACAACAACUCGUCAAUGAACAGCUCAUCGAUGAACAGCUCGGGUAACAACAGCUCAUCAUUCGGUGGAAACAACAGCAACAGCAACAGCAACACCUCUUCGAGCGGUAACAACAACAGCUCGUCUUUCGGUGGCAAUAGCAACAGCAACAACAACAACUCUUCCUCAGGAAGCUCGAAUGUCUCUUCGAUGGGAAACAGCUCCAACUCCAACUCCAACUCGAACAACUCGAACAACUCCUCGUCGCUUGGUGGAAAUAUGGGUGGCAAUUCGAACUCGGGAUACAACUCUGGCAAUGAGGCCCAACGGUCGAAAUCUUACACUCGUGAUUUUGGCACCGGUACAGACGACCUUCGCAAGCGAUCAGGCACACCUCAAGGUCAGAGGAGCAACACCUACAAUGGGAAGGCCUCGAACAAUGGUAAUAACAAUAAUAACAACAACAACAACUCUUCUUAUGGUAACAACAAUGGCCACAACCGUAACCACAGCCGGGCCGGCAGCAACAACUCGCAGAACGCGUGGAGUGGUGACCCAAAUCAAUUUGGAGGUCGUGAGAAUGCACGAGACUCCGGUCAUGACUGGAACCGCGAUGAACAGAAGGCCUAUGAUGAAGGUGCCCGCAUCGCCGCUCGAGAAAUGCAAAACAUGGACAUUAACGACAACAACUCCAACAACAAUAACAAUAACCGCAACGGAGGAUAUGGCGGAAACAACAACAAUAAUAACAACAACCGUGGCGGCGGUGGCGGAGGCUAUGGAAACAACAAUAACAACUACGGUGGAGGCUAUAACAACAAUAACAACAACAACCGUGGAGGCUAUGGUGGCGGCUACAACAACAACAAUGAUCGUGGGUACGGCGGUGGUGGAAGUGGCGGCUGGAACAACCGACGUGACAGUCCACCACAAAAAGAAUCCCGCUUCAACACCGAUCGCAAGAUGGAUGUCGCCUACGAAGCUGGUUACAAGGACGCCAUGGAGAAGGUCAAGGCCGACAUGAUGCGACAGUUCGGUCGAGGCUACUAGACCAGGCCCACCUCGUCGCAUGUUUAUUACACCUUAUCGUCGCCAUACUCCCUCUCAUGGGGAAAAGAAGGAACGCCUUGCUUGAGCAUUUAUUGCGCGCGAGGCAUCACGGGACCCAAGACUGCUAGUUGCGUAUGAGAUGGAAAUCUCUCAGCUGAGAGGAAAGAAGUAAAGGAAUCUGCUUUGUUACUCGUGUAUAUAUAUACCCGCGAGGCACGAAACAAGACCUGUACAUUAGUCUCCUUUGUAAAUACUGUUUGACCGCGAGCG